GAGAGAGCGAGAGAGAGAGAGAGAGAGAGAAUGGGGGAGUGGGAAGAGGGACUGGCCAGAGGGCACGGACUCCGCGCAGCACUCCUGGCCUGGACAGCACGUGAGGACUGUUCUCCCGGGAUUUCCUCACAUGGUCUGAGAUCGGUGAUCUGCUCACUAAGAGAUAACUGCUAGUAAUCAAGAAGCAGGGACAAAACCAGAUGAAAUGCAGCCUCAGCGACAUGUGGAAAUCCUGGACCAUGUGAACGGCUCGCGGAUCGCCUUCUCGGAUGGUGGCGUCGGCAGUGGGUGCCAGAGCCCUUUGGAUCUGGCCCAGCAGGUGGUGGUGAUCUCGCCUGGACUGCUCACCCCUCCCCAGAGCCCAUAUCACGCGGGCGACCCCGGCCACAAGGCGCCCCCCUCCGGGGAGCAGAUGGCCUCAGAAGUCAAUGGAGGUGCCCUUCCUGUCCCCAACUUUGGCACCUACUAUGGCCCUUUCCAGCCAGCUGGUUCCUCAGCUAAUGGGUCCUGGAGUGGGUCAGCUGCCACGUUACCCAGAAUGCCCACGCGAGCUGAGGAGAGGCUGAUCAAGUUCUCUGGCAUCGGCCCCGUGGACGAGACGGGAAUGCCCAUCGCCUCCAGAUCGAGUGUGAACAAGCCCAAGGACUGGUACCGCAGCAUGUUCAGGCAGAUCCACAGGAAGCCGGCAGAACCUGACCUGGUGACCUCUGGGCCCUGGUUGACAGACGGUGACAGGGCCUCGCCCACAUGCACAACUGCUGUCGACACACCGCGGGGACCACCAGCUGAACGGGACCCCUUCAUCCUCACAGUGCACGGAGCACUGCCUGACUGGAGCCGGCUGGGGGACGGAGUGCGUGACCUGCAGAGGCCGGAGCCCCGCAGCAUAUAUGACUACGAGCCCGAGCAGGGAGCCCCGACACCCGACUCCGUCAAGAGUCAGCGGUUCCUGUACCGACCUCCUGCUAGGGCUCAUUCUCCUUCCAUCGAGGCGACGCUGGUCACAGAGCUGAGCCGCUUUGAGGCCGAGCUGGACUCGGACAUCCAGGGCCUGGAGCGGAGGCUGUCUCAGAAACAGCAGCGGAGAGCCCGGGGUCAGGCGCCCCGAGGCCCCAGCCCAGGAACGGCUCACGGAACAAGAGCGGGACAGAACACCAGCACCCCCGCAGGAGCAAAGCAGCCUGGGUUGAAGCCUGAUUGUCCGGCGGGAACCACCUACCCCAUCGGUCCCAGGCCCGGUGGAGCUUUGAGGACCCCCUGUAGCCCCCCACAUGCUAGAGGUAGCCCUGCUGCCUCAGCUGAAGCCAUGGAGUUCCUGCCCAAGAGGGAGGAGAGGAAGAUGAAAGCAGCAAGAGCUAAGUUCAAUUUUCUUGCACAGUCGCCAAAAGAGCUGACACUACAGAAAGGAGACGUGGUCUACAUCCAUCGGCAGGUUGAUGCCAACUGGUUCGAAGGAGAGCAUCAUGGGAGAGCCGGGAUCUUUCCAACCACCUACGUGGAGAUCAUCCCCCCGACGGAAAAGCCGACGCCCAUCAAAUCGCCCACUAUCCAGAUCCUGGAGUACGGAGAGGCUGUCGCUCUCUUCAACUUCGCUGCUGACCUUCCUGUAGAGCUGUCCUUCCGCAAGGGUGAGCAGAUCUGCGUGACGCGGCGUGUGGAUGACAGCUGGCUGGAGGGCAGAAUCACCGGCACGUCACGCAGCGGCAUCUUCCCCAUCAGCUAUGUCCAGGUCACCAAGAUGCCCCGCACCAAAUCCGGCGACGACUACCCAGCCAGCCCCAGCGCGCCCCUGAGCCCUGGCCGUCCCCUGCACUCGCCCAUUUAUCCCGGCCCCCUGAGCCCAGACCUGAGCCUGUCUCCUCUCCAAGCCGUCCAGUCGCCGUCCCCCCACGCUUCCUCUCUGCCCAACGCCUUCCAGUCACGGCAGUCCCAGUUUCCCAGUCAAUCCACCCCCCCGAAACAUGCCUUUAACCACUGGCCUGAAUCAGACGCCCUGCAGACCAACCACUGGAGCGCAGCACACUGCACUGGCCCAGCCACUGCAUCAUCCAAUCGGAUGCAACUGUCACCCCCUACAGGUCCACAGACGUCUCUCUAUUGCACUCAGGAUGGAAUUACCAUAAGCCCCACCCAGCCCAGCCACCACACCAAGGCCUCUCCCAAUUCACAGGCCCCAACCAGUAACAGCUCCAUACUGGUCCAACGACAGCCGUAUAAAGCCAUUUACAACUAUAAGCCGCAGAACGGCGACGAGCUGGAACUGCGGGAAGGAGAUAUUGUGCAUGUGAUGGAGAAGUGUGACGACGGCUGGUUUGUAGGUACGUCCGAAAGAACUCAAGCAUUUGGGACGUUUCCUGGCAACUAUGUGGCUCCAGUCUAAGCGUCUUCGCCCACCCUGUCAUGCUGCACCGGUCCGAGCUGCGCUGUUUGGUUAAUAUGGCGGAUUAGCUUGGAGUAGCACUCAGAAGAGCCCCAGCGACUAUGCCGCAACUCACUCUCACACCCAGCCGGCUGCCCUGCAUGCUCACAUCACCGGCUGCCCUAAAACCAGCCCUGGCCCCGGAUGGCCAGGGGUGCGAGGGCCUGUUCGCCCCCUUGCAUACAGAGCUCUCCCUCAAGCUCUUGGUCACUUGGAUAAAAGGCCAUGGUUUAGGGACCCAGCCUGCACCGGGACCCAGCCUGCACCGGGACCCAGCCUGCACCGGGGCUAUAGCUAACCCCGCCCACACGUAUUGUGGCGAUCUGUCACAAAAGCAUCCUUCUGGAUUUCUGAUGAACUGAAGGCUUUCACCUAUAAAACUCACUUUCCGUCCAUCAACUUUCGUCCCUGCAGCACGUCCUCAACCUGUUUGUUUGUCGUCGUCCCCCCACCCCCCACUCCCCACUCCACCCCACUGACAUCCAAUGCCUCCACAACACAAAACACCAGUGGGUGUGCUUACAUUUCCACAAACCUUGUACUCAGGGUCUUCUGUUUGGGAAAGCUGUCUGCUCCACAGGAUGGGAAAGUUCCUGCACUUUGCGUAAGCUUUUCCUGUCCUCUUCAAUUUCAGAUCUCUAACAACCUCCAGGCUGAGCUGAAGAAAAAAGUACAAUGAGAAGAAAAUGGCUACUACAACCGUAUUGGAUUUCGUUACAUUUUACGUGUUAUGUAUAAUUGCAUUUUAUAUAUAUAGCCUUGGGGCUGUUGAACAAAUUACACAGGAUCGUGUUUCAACACGUCUCUUUAUCUAUUACUUUUCACAACCCGCUUUGCCAGACACGCUAAAGCUCACUAAACCAAUAUCCCCGCUCUGUAAGAUAAGGUGAUGCUGACUGAAUUGGGCAAAGUGACGUCUUGGACUGUGAAUGUUGGUAGUUUUGAAUGUCUAGGGAACCCCACCUCGCCAGGCUGGUGGUGGGAGUGUCCGUUCUCUUAAUGACGUACAAUGGGAAAACUGAGCAGAAGUCUGGUCAAGAAUGUAGAUAAGCAAGUAGGACAGAAAUGACCCCGGGUAUUCCAGUUUGACAGAGUGGAGAAAUAUCAAUUGUAUCAAUUUAGUGGAAUCUCUGCCGUAUUCUAGCUUGCGAUUGGGUAGCUGACGGGCUGCGCUUUUUAGUGUAUAUAUCCAAAAUUCUGGAGCGUAUUUCUCAAUGCUCUGGCAUCACGUUUGGUGCAUACGGAUUAUACUGUUCAUUUAAGGUUACGACGCACACCCCCGUAAGAACAGGAAGAAAAAAAGGAGCGACCGGAUUGUUUGCCUCACGGAGCACAAUUGAUUGAACUCAAGCUGGUCCUCUCCGUCCUCACAUGCAUCGUUUUCUUCACUAUAUAUUAAAAAUAAACUAAUCCGCUUGGUUUGGCACGUGUGUAAUCUAAAAGUACUGGUUUACGUAGGGGCCUGCAAUCUAUUAACGAAAGGGUCACCGAGCAAAGGAUCAAGCGAAAAUAUGAAAAGCAGCAAACCUUGGCUUUCAUAACAUGUUGCAGCAAUACGGGUGAUAUAAUUCAUAUGAAUGUGAAAUGACUCCUUAUUCUCCCGUAAUACUAGCGUUUAGUCAUGGAAAAGACUGAUGUUUCCUUGUAUUCCGUUUCUUUACGAUUACCUUGAAAAAGAGGAACAGAAUGGAAUGGCACAGAUGUUAAGAAAUAAAAUAUCAUCCCCAGAAAUGCCAGAAUAACAAGUGGA